AUGGAGGUAACCCCGAGACGACUUCAGGCAAGGCUCCACGUAGACACUGCAACGUCAUCCCAAGGUGCAACAGGCUGUCGUUAUCAUGAUGCUGCUCCUCCGCCUUCCAUCCCCACGAGCUUCGGAAGGCCCCCGCCCGGCAAUCCUGCAGUCCUCCACUACCUGCAUUUCGUGCAGAAAGCCAACAGUUGUCUCGGUUCGGCAGAAACUGACAUCAAUGCCCUACUGCAGCUUCUUAUGGUUCCGGAGCUUGCACAGAAGGUACUCGAGGAGUACUCCAGCUGCCGGGAGCUCGAGCGAUUCGAGCUGAACCAGCUGCGGGGUCUAGGCCGUGGGUACUCCACAGUAACCUUCAAGGUCGCAGGCUUCCCGGCGCAGACGCUGUUCUUCCGCAACUCCUUAGAGGCAUUUGCCGACCUGUUUGGUGAUCCCCGCAAUGCACCGGGGUUCGUUCUGAAGCCGCGGAUGGACUACGACCCUGAAUCCAAGGAGAGGAGGUACACAACAAAGGAGACGGCGACAUGGUGGCAUGAUGCGCAGCUGCCAGGAGAGGGACUGAAGUGGGCGGACAGGGGAAAACGCUGGGCAUCUUCUGGCCAUGUGCUCCUAGGGAAUCUCCCCAUACCACCGGCUGGCAUGAGCUCCGCACAGAGCACGGAUUUAUUUCACAAAGCCGUGGAGCUCAUGCUACAGCCCAUCCUUGAGAGCUUGAAGAUUGGCUUCAUGAUGAAGGAUCCGAACGGCGUCGAGCACCAUGUGGUACCCAUGUUGUAUGCGUGGGUCUGCGAUUUUCCCGAGAGCUGCAAAAUCACUUGCACGCUAUCGGGUGCUACCAAUCGGCCGUGCAGCAUAUGCUAUGCCCACAAGGAUCACUUGUGUGCCGCCCUCACCAUCCUCUCUGCAAUCUCAUGCCCUCAUCAUCCUCUCUGCAAUCUCAUGCCUCAACCAUCCUCUCUGUUAUCUCAUGUGUUCACCUAA